GGUAACGUUUCGUUUUAGUCUCCGCUCUGCGAAGAGACAAAGCGAGAACACGAACUUCGUGAGUGGCCCAGCGCGAAUUGCGCCGCCGAGAUUCACACGAAGCGAAGGAACUGGUCAAAAGGAAAGACCUCCCCCGACCGACGGUCGGCCAUCGGUCGUGUCUGACGUGCGAGAUAAGGAUAGACGGAGCCCACUUAAAUGCCUCGAACGAAUUCUUACUCCAUGUUGUGCGUUGCUUGCGACACGACUGCGUGUUGGAAAGUGAAUAUAUGGUGACACGCGGUCGUGAAGGAGCAACUGGAGAGCAAGCUGUGGCAAGAGACACUUAAUUAUCUGCCGUUUAGCUGACUGCAACUGCUCGAUAGAAUUUUGAGUGAUUGCAAAAUAGGAUAUAACUAAGGACUUGUUUGAUCAUCAAAGUUUUACUGGAAUAAACAGACAAGAUGGAACGAGAGUCUAAUCCUAUGCAAGCUCUGUGUCGCAGCGGCUGUGGAUUCUAUGGCUCUCCAGCCACAGAUGGCCUUUGUUCUCUUUGUUACAAAGAAAACCUAAAAAAGAAGCAGCAACCUCCUGUGUCAGCUGCCACUGUACCAACAUCACAGACCGUCUCUGGUAACGCUGGCACGUUGCAAGGCGGUUUUGGUAGUCCUGCAGCUACAGGAACUACAGCCCAACCUACCAUUCCUACCAUACCUCAACCAACGACAGAUCUGCCCAACCCCAAAGAAAUAAAUAGGGAAGAUCAAGAAAGUGAAGUAGGCGUAAGCAGUGGAGCGGUAGCAGAAGGAUCUGUGAGUAGUGGAGAUGCAGAUGACUGCUUUGAUGGCAAAGAGACUGACAAAGAAUCCAAGAAGAAGAAAAAUCGUUGCGCCGUGUGUCGCAAAAAAGUUGGUUUGACGGGAUUCGAGUGCCGUUGUGGAGGACUAUUCUGCUCUGUGCAUCGAUACAGUGACAAGCACGAUUGCAAGUUCAAUUACAGAGAAAUGGGCGCUCAAGAGAUUCGGCGCAACAAUCCAGUUGUUGUUGGUGAAAAAGUGCAAAAAAUUUGAACUAUUUAGUGCGUAGUCGUUGGGAAAAUGGUUAUAUAACUAUAUAAACAAACAGAAUAUUAAAAAAAACGGAGAAAAAACGAGAUAAAUUAUCUGGCAGCUGAUUGCACGU